AUUAUAGCAAGCAAACUAUACAAUACUCUCAAAUUAAAUAUGAAGUCCAUUAAUAUUUUGUGCUUCCUCUUGCUUUCAACUACCCUCUCUUUGGUUCCCUUUGUUGCCUUUUCUCGAUCUUUCACUUCCGACAAUCCCAUUGUCCUCCCCACAACUACUCAUAAUCUUAUAGACCCUGCAGUGCUCGAUGUGGACGGCGUACCACUCAAGAUUGGCGAGGACUACAUUAUUAACAAUCCUCUCAUUGGAGGCGGAGCCGUAUACUGGAAAAAUAUUGGAAACCAUAAAUGCCCAAACGUCGUGUCGCAGCACACUUCGAGCAUCGAUAACAUUGGAGAUGGGAUGCCCGUGAAAUUCGUUCUUAAGGCAAAUGAUGAUGUGAUUCGUGAAAUGGUUGCCAUUAAUAUCAAGUUCUCAAAUGAUACAUCAAAACCAUGUGGUAACGAAACUGUUUGGAAAGUUGAUGAUAAAGAGUUCGUGGUAACUGGUGGUACCCUAGGAAAUGAAAACACCUUCUUCAAGAUUAUGAAAUAUGAAACGGAGGGGACAGUAAGAUCGAAAUAUGAAUACAAGUUAUUGUAUUGUCCCCCUCAACUUAUGUGUAAAGAUGUGACCGUGGCCUCUCAUGAAAAUUAUCCUCGUCUGGUGGCUGGCAAUAACGGCUUUCAGCAGUUUGUCUUCAUGAAGACAUAGUUGAUUUCCUCUAAACUUGCUAGCUAAAUAAAGUGGAUCGUUCUAUCGCUCCAUGUAAUAUUACUCAUGAAUAAAGAAGCUAGCUACGUUGCGUUCUUCAUUUA